AUGCCGCUUAUCAUCGCGAUCGUGAUCAUGAACGUAGGAGACUCCAGAGCUAGGGAAUUACGGCCUUCCUACCACGGGCUGGACUUUCAGCGCACGCAGCCUGUGGGGGAGAAUCAGCCGCCGGCAAUGAAGGAAUUCUUUGGAGCUUCAUCGUCUUCGUCGUCGCCAACUUCGAAAUCAUCCAACGUUGCAUUGCCAAAAGCAAUGAAUUCUAACGACACGACGUGGUGGAACAGUGUCAGCGGUGGGAAUGGCGGUGGUAAAGGUGGAGAUCGGUUGAGGCACGUGCUUUUGGUGGCGAGCCUCGCAUGUGGAGGCGCAGGCGCGGCGCUGCUAGUGGCUUCUGCUUUCAUAUAUUUUGUCAAGUAUAAAAGACAAACGACGUCGUCCUCAAAUAACGGUAAAUCGAUCACCAUCCGCUAG